GUCACCAAUUUUUUUACUUUUGUAUUUUCUGGUGGUUGUCAAUUAAUCACUUUCAUUUAUUUUUAUUAUUUUAUGUCUCUUUAUUUGCAUUACUAUUAUUUUUAAGCAUAUUUCUUAUUUUAUAAAUAGUAAAGCUUAUUUUAUUCGAAUAAAAAAACAAUUGCUCUAGUGUUCAUAAAAAUUGGGGUUUCCAAUCCUUUAGUAAAUUAGCAGAAAAAUGUUUUCUCAUUUGGGAACAACCGGUUCAAAGUUCAUUAGUAGUGCAGCUAUAUCAAAACGUCUUCAACUUCAACUUAAAUAUUCAACCGAACGCACCAAGACUACUUCCGCAGGCGACUACCAAUAUCUUCACAAAUCCAAAUUACCAACAUCAUACUUUCAGAAGUCUCUUCCUCGUCUUCCUAUUCCGGAGCUUGAGAAGACUUGCGAGCGAUAUCUUAAUGCCAUUGAGCCUAUUCUAUCGCCAGAAUCUCUAAAUAAAACUAAAUCUAUUGUGUCUCAAUUCGCCACUGGCACGGGGCAACAGCUUCAAGACCUUCUUAAAGAGUCAGAUGCUGCCAACAAGCAUACAAGCUACAUAUCGCAGCCAUGGUUUGACAUGUACCUUAGCGAUAGAUCGCCCCUGCCAAUCAAUUACAAUCCAUUGCUUGUCAUGAAACAUGACUCCAAACCUGAGUACAAUAAUCAACUUAUUCGCUCAGCGAAUCUAGUAAUAAGUUCGUUGCGGUUCAUGCGUUCUCUGAAGGAAAACGUCCUUAAGCCCGAGGUGUUCCAUAUGAAUCCUAAAAAAAGCGACAAUGAACGAUUUCAAACAAUAACAAGUCUGGCACCGACAGCUAUUGCCACUUAUGUAGCUUACGCUUUUAAAGCCUUUCCCCUUGACAUGAGUCAGUAUAAUCGACUAUUCGGGACUACACGAAUUCCACUAAUCGGAAAAGAUAAAAUUUAUGAAGCCCCAGAAGACUCUCGUCACAUCAUGGUUAUACGCGGUGGCAAAUUUAUUGCGGUUGAUGUAAUUGAUGCCGAUGGCGAAAUCAUCUCACCGAAUCAUAUUCUUGGUCGCUUGAAGGCAAUCAUGGAGAUGAAUCCAUCUGGAAAUGUUCUCGAAACGCAUCCACUUGGUGUGAUGACUGCUGCUAAUAGGGAUGUAUGGGCCGAAACUCGACAACACUUGUUGAACAUAGGAAAUUAUAAACAAAUGGAGUUAAUUGAUUCGGCUCUAUUCUGCUUGGCAUUAGAUGGUGGCGAUGUUAAAUAUGAUGAAGCCCACCCUCAGAAAUUAAUCAAGCAUUUCUUGGCUGGAGAUGCUGUCAACAGGUGGUUUGACAAAUCGAUCACGCUUAUUGUGAGUGGUGAUGGUACUUCAGCUGUAAACUUUGAACACUCCUGGGGAGAUGGGGUAGCUGUGUUGCGUUAUUUCAAUGAAAUCUUCACAGACUCAACCGAAUCACCUCAAGUGCAUCCAAAUACAAUUCCCUAUUUACCACAUGACAAUGACUGCUCAGUUUGUUCUAUUGAUUUUCAAUUUGACGAUCUCAUUCAUGAUAAAAUAUCAAAUGCCCGUAAGAAUCAUAAUCAAAUCAUCAAUAGCCUCGAUAUGCAUGUGCUUCGUUAUACAAAUGGCAUAAACAAAAAAUCUUGUAAGCGGAGUGGCGUAAGCCCGGAUUCCAUAAUGCAAUUAGCUUUUCAGUUAGCAUAUAGACAAGCAUUCGGGCAUUAUGUUGGGUCUUAUGAGUCCUGCAGUACAGCAGCUUUUCGACAUGGUCGAACUGAAACCAUUCGGCCAUGUACGAUGGCAACUAAAGCAUUUUGUGAAUCGGCCAUCGGACGAAACGGCCAAAACGAAGAAUUGAAGGCUAUGAUCCAAAAUUGUUCGACGGUACAUGGACAAUUGACAAAGGAUGCAGCAAUGGGUCAGGGAUUUGAUCGACAUUUAUUUGGAUUACUACACAUGGCUAAGUUAAAUGGAAUCGAUAUUCCAGAUCUUUACAACGAUGAGAGUUAUAAAAAGAUCAACUAUAAUAUCAUAAGUACAAGUACACUUUCAUCGCCAGCCGUCUUGGCCGGAUCAUUUGGACCAACUGUGCCUGAUGGACUUGGAAUUGGGUAUUCGAUUCAAGAAGAUGAAUGUGGCGCCAUAGCGACAACAUACAAGCAAAAUCGUGAUGGAAGUGCGUUUAUAGAAAGCUUAGACGGGGCACUCAACCUUAUUCGUGAUAUACUAGAUAAGAAGAUUUAGGUCAAAAAAGAAUAGAACUAUUAAAGUCAAUUUAAAUGAAAUUUUAUCCAUACAUUUGUUAACUUGUUUCAAUUUUUGUGUAAUACUUUUAAGCUAUAUUUUAUAUAAAUACAAUCUGACCCGACA